GUUCCCUGGGUUCAAACCUAUGACCUUUUUCCCUGACCUGUUAAAUGCACUACCACUCAUCUAUACUGAAAGCAUGCAACAAACAAUAAGCCUCCUUAUUUUAGGGAGGAGUCAAAGAUGAUUUGAGUCAAAAACUCUUGCAGUUUCACAGUUUAAUAUAUGUUUUGCAAAUGAUAACAGUUUCACAAGAAGGAUUUGUUUCAGAUGGCCUAAAAUAUGCUUUACUCUUUGCUGUGUCUGGUCUUCUUACUGUUCCUUACUGUCCAGAGUACUGGAGACUGUCGCAUACUAUCAAACAAGAAACGACACAAAAGAGAGUGGGUAAUACCUUCUAGAAAAGUCACAGAAAAUGUGGACUAUACUCAUGAUCCCUAUGUGGCCAGGAUUCGAUCAGACAUGAGCGAGUCACUGUACUACACUCUAAAGGGGCCAGGAGCUGAUGAGCCCCCGAUUGGCCUGUUUGUGAUAGAUGAGCACAAAGGGAUGGUUCGCCUUACACGGCCUCUUGAUCGUGAGGAGAGAGAGAUCUACACACUUAGGGCAAUUGCAUGGUUCAGUAAUAACAGCAUAGCAGAAGGCAAUAUUAAAAUAAAUGUCACAGUGGAGGACCAGAAUGAUAACCUUCCAAAAUUCAUCAAGUCAGAACGAGGCAGCGUUUACGAGGGAAGCUCAGCUGGAACCUUUGUAAUGCAGGUUGUAGCCAAAGAUGAAGAUCAGCUAGGCACACUAAACAGUAAAAUAGCUUACACGUUAGUCAAACAAGAGCCAAACAAUGGCAAGCUUUACUUUGCCAUUGAUAAAGACAAUGGAACGAUCUUCGUGAAGGACCCAACGCUUGACAGAGAGGAACAGGACUCGUAUAUGCUUACACUGCACGCUGCUGACAUGUAUGGAAGUGCUGAAGGAAAUGUUGACACAACUACUGUGUUUAUAGACAUCCUGGACAUCAAUGACAAUUUUCCUACCUUGGAGAACAAUGAGUUUUCAGCGAGUAUUGAUGAGAAUGUGGCACAUAUGGAGGUGUUGAAAAUCCAGGCACUUGAUGCAGACGAAGAAAGGACAGACAACUGGUUGGCUGUGUUUGAAAUAGUCUCAGGGAAUGAAGACGGACGUUUCUCCGUUGAAACUGAUCACAGGACAAAUAUGGGAGUGGUGUUCUUGAACAAGGCUGUUGACUUUGAGGCUGUAUCUAAUCUGAACCUGAGCUUGGCGGUUGCAAACAAAGCUCCUCCGGGUGCGCCUCUGGGCAGAUCAGCAGGUCCUGAGGGCUUAAAUGCAUCUGAGCAAAAGUUGUACUUACUAAAGAUCAAUGUGGAAAACAAGCGAGAUGGACCAAAGUUUGAGCCGAGGGUCAAGUUUGUAUUUGUGUCAGAAGACAUCCAAAACAAUUCAAUUCCAGGAGUGAUUGCCACGUACACUGCUAUAGAUGAAGACACGGGAAAAACAGCAGAAAAAGUCAAAUAUGCAAAGGGAUAUGAUCCUGAUAACUGGAUUUCUGUUAAUAAAGACACGGCUGAGAUUACUCUCCACACUGUGCCAGACCGCGAGUCUCCGUUUGUGGUGAAUGGUACUUACUAUGUGAAGAUCCUCUGCAUAACAGAUGAAAUACACUCUCGGACAUCUACAGGGACUAUAGCCAUACAGGUGGAAAACAUUAAUGAUAUCUGUCCAAAGCUCACUGACAAUGUGAAGUAUGUAUGCAGCGAUGAUAAAGUCGUGAACGUCACAGCAGAGGACAAUGAUGCAGAUCCAUAUGGAGCUCCUCUGGAGUUCAUUUUGAUACCAGAGAAGACAACAGGAAAAUGGAGUCUGCGGAAAAUAAAUGAUGUAAGUGCUUCCUUGCUAACCUAUGAAGAUUUAUGGCCUGGCUAUUAUCAAGUGACAAUGGAAAUCAAAGACAGUCAGGGUCUGGCCUGUCCUGAUGAGCAAGUCCUUCAGUUCGAGGUGUGCACCUGCUCAGAAAAAUCUUUUUGUGCUCCACAAUUAGAAGUCACGCUUGGGGAACCAGUGAUUGUUUUGCUGGGUCUAGAAAUCCUCUUCCUUCUCUUGCUGGCCUUGAUCUUAAUAAAAUGUAAAUGUGGAGGAGAUGCGUUUAUUGACAUGCCUUUUGAAACCAAAGCCUGCUUCAUCUCUUACAACACAGAAGGAAUAGGAGAAUAUAAGGAUGAUCUUCUGAUGAGCAUUUCACCAAAAUUCACCAGUGAAAGGGGAAAUGAGUUCAUAAAUGCAUCCACAGCAACAGUCAUGAACUUCAAAACACCAAGGGAUGAAAUUCAGACCCCCAGUUCACACGUGACUGCCAAUGUGAGUGCUAUAGGGUCAGGAAUGAUCCACAAGAUGUUUGGAAGUCUCUAUGACGAGCUGGACAUGCAGGAAAUACCUGUCAAUUAUCAAGCUAUAAAUUAUGCCUUGCCAGAUGCAAUACUGAAAGAAUACUUCAUGCAAAAAGCAAGAUGUAUAUCGGGAGCUGCUUAUUCAGAGGACGAACCGAUGAAUUAUACAUAUGAAGGGGAAAGAUCUGGUACAGAUUCAUUGAGCAUCUGCAUCUAUAGUGAGUUUGACAAUGACUUGGAGCUCUUGGACGACCUGGGUCCAAAGUUUCACUCUUUGGGUGAGGUGUGUGGACUCAGACAGUCUCCAUCAGUACCUACUGGGACACAGGCUGACCCUAAAGUUACUGUUAAUACUGUCACGACCAAACCAGCCACUCAUGAGACUCCAGUUAAUGCGGGAUCUUCCAGUCACGUGACAAAACCGGUCCAACCCAGUCCCGUAGAGAAGUCAUUACCUGUACAAGCCACACCUAAUGACGAACUAGUCACACCUGUAUACUACACGAUCAACAAGCCAAUAUCUAGCAACGUUGUACUUUCACAGAAUCUGUCAUUUGGGCAUGGACAAGGUGUGUACAUAAUUAAUCGUUCUUUGGAAACUGAGGGACAAAACAUUGAUCACCCAAUUAUGUGUUCACAGAUUGCUCCUUACAUGCCCGUCAUGGUUAGACAAGGCUUAGGUGAAAUUAUUUCUAUUCCGAAUCUGUUAACAAAUCAGAACCUUGCAAUGGUGCAACGACCAAUGUUAAUUGGUUCACCACAGCUGGUAGAAGUACCUGAAGGAUUGGUUGUGUCUGGAGAAUAUGGGCAGGGUAGAGUGAAUCUUAGACAUUAUUUUACUGUACCAUGAGCCCUCAAACACUUUCAGCACCAAGUUCAGUGCUGGUCAGGUAGAGGACAAACCUGUAGAGGUAUGCAUCAUGUUAUACACAAACAGAGUAUUUGUGAAAUCCAGAGUAAAGUCUCAUAAUCUAUUGAUGAGAUUAGGAGGAUCAAUGUUUUAUUUCACAUUAAUUUCAAACUUUGACAUGAUCUUACUCAGUCAAUAUUAUAGAAUAUCAAGGUGUUAUAUUUUCACAGAAUGAUCUUUACAUUAUGUAGGAUGAUUUUAUGUAAAAACAGCACAUUACAAAAAUAUGACCUUAUCAGAGUCUGGGUCACAUUAAAUAGUAGAUUCUUCUUUAGAAUGUUAAAACAAUGGACAUUUGAGUCCAGGAGUGCUAAGGCGAGUGAGAGAUUUUAGCCUUAACAGAUAUUUUUAAUAAAUAAUGUGUUUGUGUGUUUUUAAAACAAAUAAUGUGUUUGAAAACAUGACCUUUACAUGCACCCCUGCUUUAAACCAUCUUUCAUUUUAUUAUUUCAUUACAGAUAUUUAACAUAUAUUUUUAAAAGUGUAUAAAAGAAUUGUUAAUUUUUUUUACAAAAGUUGUCACUGGGACAGAACAUUUAAAAAAAGUUCCUAAUAUGUAAUAUUUUGGUACAGAUACACUAUUAAAAAUGAAAGCUGGUAACGCUUAAAAAAAGUAAAAAAAAAAACUUUUAGUUAAAAAUUUAAGGUGAUUUUUUUAUUUUUAAAAUACUUCAAUAUUUAAAAUAUUUAAACAUUUUCAACUUUUUUAAACUUUCAACAAUUUUACAGCUAAAGUGAAAACAUUUAAGUUGAAAAUAUUUUACAUUUUAGUCGUUACCAAUUGAAGUAAUUUUUAAGUUAAUCCAACUUACUAUGUACCUUUGAACUACCAAUAUGCAUCUUUUAGUUACAAAAGUGUAAUUUUUGAAAAAGUACCACCAACUUUUGUAACUUCUUGUACCUUUAUUUGAGAGUUUGCUAAAAUAAAUAUUUAUUUCAGCAUUUUAUCUUUUGGAAUUUGGUUGAAGAGUCCUUGUCGUAUUCUAACAAAAAGUUAAAAAAACUGGUAACACUUUACAAUAAGGUUCAUUUUACACUAGUUAACAUGAACUAAUAAUGAACUGCACUUAUACAGCCUUUAUUAAUCUUUGUUCAUGUUAUUUUAACUUUAUAAAGUUACUUUAUAAAUACUUUAUAAAAAUCUUUUUAACGUUAGUUAAUUCACUGUGAACUAACAUAAACAAACAAUUAAAAGCUUAAUUUCUAUUAACUAACCUUAACAAAGCUUAUGAACCUGUAAAGUGUUACCAAAAAACUUAAAGAUGUAUGGUAUGUGUGACUAUGUUACUGUUUCACUUUAUGGGACAGUAAAAAUUUUUGGGGCUUGUUUUUAUUCAGCCUGAACUACUUUAUGGAAAUCACGGAGACGCAUUGGGAUUGGACUUUAUUUACAUUCAUGCUUUAUGAAGAAAUCACAUUUCUUGCCCUGGGUUAUUGAUGAAAAUUGCAUCUAUUUAAAAUUUAAUAAAAAUGUUUAUUUA